GCGGCCGAAGUGUCUUGUGAAAUACUGUCGUGAACUCCUCUUCAAAUUGGCGGAAUAUAUGUGUUUAAGAUGCCACUAAUAAUCAUGUGUGGAUUUCCUUGUUCUGGAAAGUCAAAGAGAGCACAGGAAUUAAGGAAUUACUUGGAAAACAGGGGGAAAACUGUCUAUUUAGCGAGCGACGAAAAUAGCUCUUUGGACAGAAAUACUGUGUAUUCAGCCUCAGCAAAUGAAAAGGAAGCAAGAGGUCUUUUAAAGUCUGCAGUGGAAAGGCUUAUUUCAAGAGAUGAUGUAGUUAUUUUGGACUCCCUCAAUUACAUAAAAGGUUAUAGAUAUGAGUUAUACUGUGUUGCAAAGGCACACAAGACCACACAUUGUAUUGUGCAUUGUGACACUUCUAAAGAAAUCUGUUCAGAGUGGAAUAAAACAAGAGAAAGUAGAUAUAAUGAUGAAAUAUUAGAUGCUUUAGUAAUGAGGUUUGAGCCACCUGACUCAAGGAACAGAUGGGACUCUCCGUUAUUUGUCAUCCAGGUUGAUGAUGACCUUCCAUUUGAAUCUAUAUAUGAUGCAUUAAUCAACAGAGUACCACCGCCGCCAAACCAGGCUACUCAACCGCAACCUUUGUCAGCAACAAACUUCCUCUACGAGCUUGACAAAAUAACUCAAGAAAUAGUUACUGUCUUGAUAAAUUCCCAACGGACGUUUGUACCUGGGGAUCACAUCACGGUCCCGGGAACAUCGGAGAAAGUUGUUCUGAAUAGGACUGCAAACAUGGCAGAAUUAAGAAAAAUACGUCGACAAUUUAUUACCUACACUAAAAUGCAUCCUGUCGAAGAUACGAAGAAAAUUUCCAAUAUGUUUGUGCAGUAUCUGAAUAGUAGCUUACAAUAAAAUGUCUUAUUUUUUACCA